CCGAGAGGCCGCCUAUUCUCAGCCAACCAUUAAAUUCGAGACGGGGCCUUCUCUGCCUUUCCUCUCACUUGUCCUCCCACGCCCCCCUCAAUCUUCGCAACCGCCCGUCACUCACUACGAACAUCCGACAAGCGCCCGGUCCUUUUUUUGGGUCCUGUUUUUUUUUUGUUCUUUCCCGGCUUGUUGUUCUUUUCCUUUUCCUUGUUUUAUUCGCUGCCACUCUCCACUUAAACCCAGUAAUCAAACAGACCGACAUUAUGGCCAGGGGAAACCAGAGGGACAAGGCUCGGGAGAAGAACCUCAAGGAGCAGGCCAAGAAGAAGGCGGGCAACGGCAAGAGCGGCAGCGAGAUGGCCCGCGACAAGGAGAAGGUCGCCGAGAUGAUGCGCCUGAAGCAGGUUGCUGCCGACGCCAAGAAGAAGGAGACGGCCAAAUAGGCCGGCGUCGCCCAGCCCGACAACGAUACCGAUGGCGACUCGCCCUUCAUCCGCGGCCGCGUUUGCGAUUUAACGAUACGACGACCCGACUUGCACUGCAAGGCUGCAUACACAAUGUGUUUUUGAAUUAUCUGGGGAUUUUGGGAGUGAAUAGGUGAAGAGAGGGGGUGUUUGGGGGGAAGGGAGCGUCGCGUAUUAUUUCAACUAGCUUUGUGUUCAUCAUGCAUCUAUUGGCCCCCCUCUAUCCCAAUGGCGCUAACAAGGAGUUAACCCCCAUGAACUUUUUCAAACAUGGGUUUCUUGAUUUUGACGUCGCUUUUUUGCGUUGUGUUUGGACGUGAUUGGAGCCUAGAGUGGCAAUGACACAUCGUGUAUAUCUCGACAAAAGAAGUGUACUGGUUCCAUUCCCAAAGAAUGCCCGCAUGCCGCAUACACAUCCUUUCAUCGUCCUGCGAGGAUACGGGC